AUGACGGCUUCAAGCAGAGGGAGUAAAGCUAUGGCUUCUUUAAUUAGAACAUCCACACGACAUCCUCGAAUAUGCUCCGAAUGCAUCACCCAUCUCAAUCACUCCACCCGUCGAACCUACGCCGUCGCAGCGCCCAUCCUAAAACCCCUCGAUGGCCCUCCAAUCAUCGACACCAAAAUCCAAAGUCUACAUCCCGUCACCGUCUCACCGCAGGCCUCACAAGAAUACAAAUUAAAAGCCGGAGUCCUCCUCUCAAGACCGCCCCUUUUAACACGCUCCCUCACCUCCUUCGAAAAAGCAUUCUUCUUCUACCAAAAGCGCCUCAACGAGCGCCUAGCCCUCCCCUUCUCCCGAUACUUCUACUUCAAAAAAGACACACCCGCAGACGCGGAUUGGAAACUCAAAGCCAAAGACCGUGGCGGUGCAGCGGCGAGAGAUUUGGGCGGCUACAACGCAUACGGGGAGUUCGGAUGGAAUGAUGAGUUGUUAGUCGGUGACAAGCUCUCGGAAACGAGCACGGCGAUUGAUUUGCUGGUGAAGGAUUCGUAUGUGAGAGCUGUGGAAGGAAAGGAUGGUGCUGCGGUGGAGGUCAAACCCGGAGAGGAACAUGAACAGGAUAAUAUCGUGGAGAAACCGCUACCUAGGAAGACGGAGGCGGAUGUGAAGAAGCAGUUUCAGAGACUGGAUCGCAAGUUGGAGCGGACGUUGUAUUUGUGUGUGCAGAGGAAGAAUGGUGGGUGGGGGUUUCCGGCUGGGGAGUUGAUUGGGAGGGAGAAUUUACAUCAGGCUGCGGAACGUAUCAUCGUCCAAACAGCUGGUGUUAACAUGAACACCUGGGUCGUAGGUAACGCUCCAAUCGGCCACUACGUCCUCAAGCCCAAGGCUGCCACCGACGACAAACCAGCUUUAGUAGGAGAAAAGACAUUUUUCAUGAAAGGCAGGAUAAUGGCUGGACAAGCCAACUUGGCAGAGAACGUGUUCGGCUUGGGCGACUUCAAAUGGUUGACUAAAGAGGAGAUUCAGCGGUUGGUCAGUCCGAAAUACUUUAGCUAUGUUAAGAACAUGCUUGCGGAUCGGUAG